GGCCUCGUUGUGAGCGGCUCGUAAUCCAUCAUGGCGGCCGCGGGGGUCGGUGACCGUCCCUGAACAGCGCUGGAGCCGGAGCCGGUUCCCGGGUCCUGCGGCUGAGGAGCCCUUCCGUUGUCCACGGCCCCUACCUGCGGGGGGAGGUCGGGUCCUGCGACGGAGCCCGGGGGAUGUGACUGCCUGGCGGCGGCGGCCAUAGCAACGUCCGGGGCCGGGGGAGGGGGUGUUUCGGGCAGAGACCCCCAGGCUCGGAGCAGCUGAGGCAGCCGGGCCUCCUCCCCCCUCUCCGCCCGCGACCCGCCUUCGGGGCCGCGAGAGUCCUUCGUCCCUUACAGCUCCGCCCCGGCUCUGGGACCCUCGGGGUGGUCUCUUUCCCCAGACCUGGGACACCCCGUUUCCUGAGGCGUGGAGGAGCGUCGCCCCCGGAGUAAGCCGCCCGUGCCUCGCCCCGGCAGCCUCCCUCUUGCCCCCGAGCCGCUCCUUGCUCCGACUCCCGGCCCCAGGUUUGGCCUCGGAGCCCCCCAUUCAAAUCCCAUCCCUGCUGUCAAGGGGCCUCCCCUUCCCCCCAGGUUGCUCCCGUGAGCCUCUAAUGCCCUGACUUCUUCCAAUGUCACCUACGGCCCCCUUAGUCUCAGCCCAGCCAAAAACUUUAAUGCAGAGGAAAAGCUUGGACUGGUUUCACAGGCCUUUUAAAAAGCGGACUUAAAAGUUGCUGGCAAUGCAUUCCUUCUCGUCUGAGUGGAGGGCCAGCUCUCGCUGAAGUCGGGGUGACCCGUGUCCUUUUCCGGAGAGCAGGGUAGAGAAGCAGGAGCGGCAGCUAGUGCAGCAGGAAGUUUGUCGGAAGAUGAAGACACCAAGAUAGGGGCUGGGUGACUUCCCCAGGAAAAGUUCUGGAGGAGCAUCCAAACACGAUCAACGUUUCCUUGAUGUGUGGAAAUCGACAUGACUUUAGCCUUACUGACCCUUGUACAGCAUACCCUGUGAAUAUUUCUGUUUAGGUUUUUCUCCUUGAAAGGGAAGAAACUUACUCAGCCAGUAAAAGACACUUAAAAUCAAGAAACUUUGG